GUGUUUGUCCAGUAGUUCCAGCUCACCCAACUGGAUCGGAUCUAUUUUCUGCCACCCUCACCAUUGAAUUCUAAUUUACGCCAUUUUUAUUUUAUCAAACGCAGUAAAUUUGUCUUCUUUUUUUUUUUUGGGGGAAUUUUCAUUAAUUUUUUUUCUGGGUUGUAGGAGGAUUGGAGAAUGUUGUUCUAUGAGGGAGAACAAAAAACAAAAACAGAGGCUCAAAGGGACAGAGAGAGAAAGAGACUGCAGAAUUGAACAAUUUUAAUGGAGUAGUUGUUGUUGUUGGCGUUUGUGGUGGUUGUGGUGUGUUGCUUCUUGUUGUUUCGGCGGUGUGUUUGAUUUAAUGGGCAAUGUAACAUCUAAUGUUGCUGCAAAAUUUGCAUUUUUCCCGCCAGACCCACCAACAUAUGAUGUGUGCAGAGAAGGAGAUGGGAAGCUUUUUUUUUCGGGAGUCACGGCUGAUAAGAACAUGGACGUUCAUCUGCUUGAUACCAAGGGAGGGAACAAGAUAGUUGCGACGUUUUGGAGACACCCACUUGCUAGAUUUACAGUUUUAUAUUCUCAUGGCAACGCUGCGGAUUUGGGUCAAAUGCAGGAGCUAUUUAUUGAGCUUAGAGCUCACCUCCGUGUCAAUAUCAUGAGUUAUGAUUAUUCAGGAUAUGGAGCGUCCUCUGGUAAGCCAUCUGAGUUUAACACCUACUACGACAUAGAGGCAGUGCAUAAUUGUUUGAAGAGAGAAUAUGGAAUUAAUCAGGAGGAUGUAAUUCUGUAUGGACAAUCAGUUGGUAGUGGCCCAACACUACACUUAGCUGCACGUUUACAAAGGCUGAGGGCUGUUGUUCUUCAUAGUGCAAUACUUUCAGGCAUACGAGUGCUGUAUCCUGUCAAGAUGACAUUCUGGUUUGACAUUUUUAAAAACAUUGACAAAAUACGUCAUGUCAGCUGCCCAGUCCUUGUUAUACAUGGAACAAAUGAUGAUAUUGUUGAUUGGUCCCAUGGAAAACGCUUGUGGGAACUCGCCAAGGAAAAAUAUGAUCCACUAUGGGUAGAGGGUGGAGGUCACUGCAACCUGGAAACUUAUCCCGAGUACAUCAGGCACUUGCGCAAAUUCAUAAAUGCAAUGGAGAAACUCUCUGUUGCAAAACAGACAAAGCAAAAUCUUCCUCCAAACCCAACUAUGACUGAAACAAAACAUAACAAGUGUUUGAGAUUCGGUAAGAGAUAACUGGUUCUUUUAACUACUCCAAAGGAUGGUGUUUAGAGACAGAUGCUAAGUUUGCAAUGGGGAAAUCUUCAGAAAUUCCAGGUAAGCUUGCUUGCUUCAUGAAUCCAAUCUUAGGCGGCCCAGCUCCUUCGGCUUUGUUGAGAGAACUAAUAGGAAUCAUACAUAGAUGGUCGAUCCAGAUCAGGUGCAAGGACUAGUUUUGAGGCUCAAUGGACUACCGUGCAAUGUAGGACAAACAAAGUUGAAUAGUGUUUAUAUGAGGUUCCAAGAUUAUCCAUUCCUGAAUUUGAUGUAUAAUUUGCCGCUGUUAAGGCGUGUGUAAAGACUACUGGUUCAAAAAGAAAUAUAUGGAUUACUUAUC